AUGAACUUAAGUAACACGGGAGCUUUGAAGCUAGGGAAGGUGGGAGCAGGGAAAGGGGGAGCAGUGGAUGUGGGGAAGGAAGGAGCUGGGGAGAUAGGGAAGGAGGGGGGAGAGAAGCUAGGAGAGAUGGUAGCAGUGAGGUUGGGGAAGGAGAGGGCAGAAGUGGAGAAGGUGCGGGCAGUGAGGCUGGGAAAAGAGGCAGCAGUGAAUUUGGGAAAGGAGCAGGUAGGCAACGGGAGCACCACAACACUCCCUUCCGCACUACCACCUACUCUCCUUUCCUCCUCUCCAGUUCCCACCUCGCCUCCUCUCUCCUCCUCCUCCUCCUCCUCCUCCUCCUCCUCCUCCUCCUCCUCCUCCUCCUCCUCCUCCUCCUCCCCUCCUCAUGACACCUCAAACACACCUCUUCCUUCCCCCACUCCCUCUUCUACUCCUCCCCCACCAUCCACUUCCUCCCCAUCUCCCCUCCUCGCCUCCCCAGUGUGUUCCUGGGCAGGAGUGGCCCAACUGCCCUGGUCCUCCCUCUCCUCUUCCUCCUCUUCCUCAUCUGUAAAAGACAGGAGUGAGUCAUCAUCAACAUCAGCAACAGCAAAUCAGCCAACCAAGGCGGGGAGAGCAGGUAGCUCAAGUCUGCAAGCCAAGGCAGGGAGAACAGGCAGAUCCCUCGCUUCCACCUCGGCUCUCGACUCCUUCGACCCUCUCGAGUCCUCCCUCUCCUCCUCUUCACCCGUAAAAGACAGCAGUGAAUCGAUACCAACAGCAGCAGCAACGGCAGAAAGCAGUCGAUCAUCAACAGCAGCAGCAGGUGGGGAGGCCAAGGCAGGGAGGGCAGGCAGCUCCAGAUCCCUCGCCUCCACCUCUGCCCUCGAUUCCUUCUUCGACCCUCUCGAAUCCUCCUCCUCCUCCUCUUCCUCCUCCUCAUCCGGUUCUGUAAGCAAGAGCGGUGAUGAUUUGGGAGCAGCAGCAGCAGCGGCAGCAGGAGCAGGAGGAGCGUCAGGAGCGCGAUCAAGAGCGGUUGAGAACGGUUACAAAGGGAGGAGAUCGACAGCAGGGUUAGUCUCUGUCACCGGAUUGGCUGGCUCUGCCGCUGAGGAAACUUCCCAGAAACACGAGCAGCAGGAGCAGGAAAGGCAGAGGCAGACAGAGGAAGGCGUGUUUGCUACAGUGCUGACGUCAGCAGCUGACAUCAUCCCCGUGGCCGUGUGGAUCCGAUCCUUCCGCCGCCAUCAUUGCGGGCGGCCAGAUGAGACAAACAGCACCGAUGGCGGCAUUGUCGGCUCUAGCAUCGCUCACUCUCCCCUCACCUGCUCUCUUCAGUCAGGCUUGUUGCUCUGCUCACUGAUCCCAACUCUCCCCUUUUCCUCCCUGUCACCACCCCACAGUCUCUCUUCUGGUUCGUCUCUGUUCACUGCUCGCCACCUCGCUCUCGCCUCACCUGCUCUCUUCAGUCAGGCUUGUUUGCUCACUCAUCCCAACUCUCCCCUUUUCCUCCCUUUCAACAGCACCCCCCACAGACUCUCUUCUGGUCCGUGCGUGCUGUCAACCCCACUCACUGUACUCUCAACCCAAUCUCUACUCUCUCUAAUAUCUCCUACACACCCGCCCCCACCCUUGCCCCCCUUCCUUCACUAUCCCCCACAGUCUCUCUUCUGGUCCGUGCGAGUGGUCGACCCCAUCUCUCUGCGCCGCCCGCCAGCUCGUGCCGCCCGACCUCUGCCGCCCGACUUUCUGAUUCUCAGGCUGUGGCAGCAGGUGGGUUCAGUUAUGGUGGCAGGUGUGAAUUUCUCUCCAUACUCGCUUUUCCCCUCCUCACUUUCCCCACCUCCCAAUCACUCGUUCCAACUUCUUACCAACAGACCAACAUCCCACUUAUUGCCUUCGUGCACCCCCUCUCCCUCUUCUGGCGAUCCUGCCCUCACCUGCCACCACCACCCCUUCACACUGUUAUCCCUUCUCCGUGCUCCUUUUUCCCGUGAUCCCCUUUACUCUACCUGCCCCCCUUUCCCUCCACGAUCCCACAACCAACAGACCGACAUCCCACUUAUUGUCUUCGUGCAUCCCCUCUCCCUCUUCUGGCGUUCCUACCUCCACCUCUUCUCCCACCACCGCCCCUUCGCUUCUGCUCACCUCCCAACCCCCCUGACUCCCUCCCGUCCUUCCGCCCCCCAACCAACAGGCUUCUUGUUCGCCUCCUUCCCCCUCCACGCUCCUUCUCCCUCCCUCGGAGAGCCUCUAUCAGACCAGCUCUUUCAGGUACGCCUCGAAUCCCCGAGUGACCUAUUCUGGUUGACUCUGAAGUUGCCGCCCCUCUCCCUGCCUUUUUUCUCUGAGCAGCUCUGUCGGGCCUUCAUGAAUUGUCUAUCAUCGCCGCUCUUCCCAACCGCGUCAUUCUUUGCCAUCUAA